AUGUCUUCCGCUGCCUGCAUCUUCUGCAAGAUCAUCAAGGGUGAUAUCCCUUCUUUCAAGCUCUUCGAGAGCGACAAGGUCUUUGCCUUCCUCGACAUUCAACCCCUUAGCCGUGGACACGCUCUCGUGAUCCCCAAGUUCCACGGUGCCAAGCUCACCGACAUCCCCGACGAAGAUCUUCAGGAAAUCCUGCCCGUCGCGAAGAAGAUCGCCAAGGCCACCGGCGCCGAGGACUUCAACGUCCUUCAGAACAAUGGUCGCAUAGCGCACCAGGUAGUCGAUCAUGUUCACUUCCACAUGAUUCCCAAGCCUAACGAGAAGGAAGGUCUCGGUAUCGGCUGGCCCGCUCAGGAAUCCGAUAUGGACAAGCUGAAGGCUCUGUUCGAGGAAAUCAAGGCUAAGAUGUAA